UCUCAAAAUAUUCAACCUCGAUGAAACCGUGGCCAUCGCCAAUUAACCAUCUUCCUUCCUCCUUUUCUGAUCGCUUCUCGAAAGGGGGAGGAAAGAUUCAAUCCUCAGGGAUGUGGAAAAUCUAUGUCGGGAAUCUGAGCUCUCGAAUCAGAGAGCGGGAGCUCGCCGAAGCGUUCAAUUCCUUCGGUCUCGUCAGAAGUGUAUGGGUUGCACGGAAUCCACCAGGUUAUGCAUUUAUUGAGUUCAAUAGCCGACGCGAGGCAGAUAAUGCAAUUUCCGCAUUAGAUGGAAAACAUGGAUGGCGUGUAGAAAUGUCUAAAAGAUCAUCGGGUUUUCACAAAAGUAGGUCAUCCAGCAGUGAGAGCAGAUGCCGCGAAUGUGGUUCAGUGAGGCAUCGUACCAAAGAUUGUCGGUCUGGUGCUGCAAAAAGAUCAUACAGGAGGAGCUCUAGUCCACACACAAGAACAGGCACUGAUAGACACAUAUUCCCUGGACGACAGAAACGAAGUAGAUCUCCUCGGCAUGGUAAUUCAAACAAUGACAGAUGUGAUUUACCAAGAAAGCGCGAACGCAGCAUAUCUUCUGAACCAGUCUGUAUUGGAUUUUCUCAAAAUGAUCAAGAAAACUCACAUGCAGAUCAAUCAGAUGUACUGAAACAGCAUGAGGGCAAUACAUCUCCUGAGCAAUAUCAUAGAAGAUCUCCAAAUGAUGAAGACGGUUCUGCUGAUGAAUGCAAUGUGCUAAAAAAGCGUGAGAGCAGAUCUCCAGAAGAUUAUCCCAGUAAAUCUCCUCAAAAUGGUCAGGGCACUUCUCAAGUUGAUGAUCGCGAUGCACCAAGACAGCAUGACCACAACACUUCUCCAGAAAGUUAUAGAAGCAGAUCUCAAACUGAUCAGGACAGUUCUGAAGAUGAAUGUAAUGUUCCGAGAAAGCGUGAGCGUAAAAGAUCACCAGAACAAUACCCAGACAGAUCUGAAAGUGACCGGGAUAUUUCUCAUGCUGAUGAAAAGAGGGAGAACAACAUAUCUCCAGUACAUGAGAGCAGUAUAUCUCCAGAGCCUGAUGUUGGCACAUCACCGCAAAAUAAUCAGGAUGGUUCUUGUGCAGAUGAAUUGAGCCCUGAAAAUGUAGAACAUUUCAGCAGUAGAUCUCCUCUUCGUGAUAGCAGCCCUGAAUACUAAUUGUUUGUAGGAAAGCAUGAAAGACUCUCGAGUAAGAAUAAUCUGGAUCAAUAUGGGGCUCCUCGAGUUGAUGCUUGGCUCUUCCUGCUUGUAUCGAAAUGAAGUGGUUUGAUUCAUCAAGCUUCUCAUAGAAUAGAACUACAUAUGCAUAAACAAAAACCUUCUCUGUACAUAUACUUGCUGCUAAAACCCACAUUAUUUGAGGUCUAUUUGAUUCAAGUGAACCGAGGUGAUGGUGCUCCUCUGAAAAAAUGUCACUUCAACCAAACCAAGCUAAUUAGACGAAGACUCAUUGGCGAUUCACCCGCACUUUGUUAGUGGACCUAAACCAAUGUUUCUUCUGUUAUUGGAAAUGAUCCUCGAGCUGACCAUUGUAAGCAUGGAAGUGAUUGUCAAUAAUUUAUUGGAAGAAAAAUAGGCAUGCUUUGUUCCUCAGGCUGUAUGCAUUCUACUACCGGAGGAGAUAUUAUUCAUUAUUGUGAGUGUAAUGCCUCUUUAAUUAUCUGUGACUAUCCCUGUAGCUGCAUCUACCUAGAGGAUAUCCUUGUUGUAGAGUGACACUUGCAAAUUUAUCGCCUUUUUCUGUCGAGUAUGUUUUUAGAUUUUGUUAUAUAAGGUUGUCCAAUAUGUUUUUCGCGCA